UAACCAACCAAUGCUUUCUUCAAAAAAAUCAGCAAAUUGCGGCUCUACCGUUGAAUUAGCAACAGACGCAGUAGCCACUAGAAGAUUCCGUGCUUCUUCGAAUCUCCACCUGCGUUCCCCGGAAAACCACCGGUCCCUCAGCCACCGGAAUAGUUGACGCAAAUGUCCGUAAUGUUCGCUGACGUGUCCGUUGUUCUUCCGUCAGCUGCCGGCGGUUUGAAACACUCCUAUGCAUUUUCCGACUCCAAAUCCCUUCUCUCCCCUUCUGUCUCCAAAAGCUCUCCAUCUUUUUCUGUCCCGAGGCUAGGAAUUGGACUAGGAAAGGCCCAAACCAGAAGCUGGACGAUAAGAGCAACAGCGUCAGGAAGUUCUGGAGGUGAUUUGGUCCCAGUUGCUCCUGUUCAGUUGGAGUCAGCUGUUGGUCAAUUUUUAGCACAGAUGUUGCAAACCCAUCCCCAUCUGCUCCCUGCAGCUAUUGAACAGCAGCUGGAGAACCUUCAGAAUGAAAGGGAUGCCCAGUUAAAGGAAAACCAGUCUUCAACCAAAGAUGUCCUCCAAAAGAGAAUAGCUGAAGUCAGAGAGAAAGAAAGGCGGAAAAUAUUAGAGGAGGUUCUGUACUGCUUAAUUGUACAUAAAUUUGUAGACAAUGACAUUUCAAUGAUCCCAAAAAUAUCUGAAACAUCAGAUCCUACUGGAAAUGUGGGUUAUUGGCCAAAUCAAGAGCAGAAGCUAGAAUCCGUACACUCCCCUGAUGCAUUUGAAAUGAUCAUCAGUCACAUAACUAUAGUUCUCGGUGAGCGUGCUGUGGGGCCUCUGGAUAGCAUUGUUCAAAUGAGCAAAAUCAAACUUGGUAAGCUCUAUGCUGCUUCUAUUAUGUAUGGAUAUUUCCUCAAAAGGGUUGACGAACGUUAUCAACUUGAGAGAUCGGUGAGUAAGCCUCCCGAGAGUUUCCAGAUCUCAACAAAUCCUGAUGAGCCAGCAGCACCGAGACAACUAUGGGAUCCAGAUUCAUUGAUAGAAAUAUACCCUGAAGAUGGUGACAGAGAGGGCUUUGCAGUUUCUGAUAUUGAGGGUAAACCAGAGAGGCUGAGAUCCUAUGUGAUGUAUUUGGAUGCAGACACAUUACAGAGAUAUGCAACCUUAAGAUCAAAGGAAGCAGUUACUGUGAUUGAAAAGCAGACGCAAGCAUUGUUUGGAAGGCCUGAUAUUAAAGUUUCUGGUGAUGGUACCCUAGAUGUAUCUAAUGAUGAAGUUCUGUCUGUUACAUACUCUGGUUUGACAAUGCUGGUGCUGGAGGCAGUUGCUUUUGGAUCAUUUUUAUGGGAGACAGAAAGCUAUGUGGAGUCUAAAUACCAUAUUAUUAAUAGCUAGAGAUGCUCUUUUGUACUUCAACAAGAAAUAUCUUUUCAUCUUCUAGUUCUGUAUAUUGUUUACUCGUUCGAACCCACUAAGCAUGAUUUUUGUAUCUGAUAAUCAUCAGACUCAUAUAACAUGUUUUACACGUAUACUGCUUGCUGUA